UAAUUCUUAACGGCCGGCCAUCCAUCCCAAGCUAGAGCUACGCCGCUUGAGUCAACACUUCUCUUUUCUCAUAGGUCCAAUGGUCUGGUACAUUAAGAGAGGCCACGCAUGGGCCAUCAGCGCUGGAAUCAGCGCCGCUCUCUCCGCCGUUUCAGCGAAGCUCUUUCCAUCCCAGGUUCUUCAAUACAGCAUGGUUGUAAUUUUCAACUUCAUAAUGUGGGGAUGCUAUGUUAAUAGCCUUAAAGCUCUGUCGUCUCUACAAGCUACUGUGACGAGUUUUGCUACCAAUUUUUUAUCUUCUGCAAUGGCCGGAUUUUACCUCUUCCAGGAACCUCUACCAUUACAGUUCUCUUACACAACCAAGGUCCGUUCGUUAGCGGCGGGGGCAGAGGUUCGGCUGUGGUAGAGAUCCGACGGCAGCAGCCCAAUGGGUAGUGACAAGCUCCAACCCCUGUAGGGGGUAUUCUUGUCCAAUCUGAAUAAAAGAUUAAUAUUUAAUGAAUUUUAAACAUUUACUCCUAUAUUUACCUAUUUAACAUGUUUAACUCCUAUUAUAGGAAUAAUCUCAAGGAUUUAAGGCCGAGUUUGAUCAAAUGAAACUGUUUUUCUGAGUGUAAUUUGGUUAAAAGAAAACAAAAAAGUUGGCAACAAUAAUCGCACCUUUAGCGGUCUUUUCCGAACAAUCCCACCUUUAUAUAAUCCUAGACUAAUCUCACAUUUGCACCUCAUCUUCUUUCAUUGAUUUCUGAAUGGUUUAAUAACCCGCUAUAUCAGGUAAUUUUUUUCCUUUUAUCUGCAAACCUUACAUAAAGUCUCACACUCCCACCUUUCAUCGUUCUUCUCAAAACAAUCUCAUAUAUCAUUUUUCUUUUUUCUCACUAGAAAUUUUCUUUUUUUAUUUCUAUCAUCUCAGCACAUCUUUUCCUUUUUUUCAUCUUAUUAUUAUAUUUAUUUUAUCUUUUUGUGUAUUUCUUGUUUGCCUUAUCAGAAAAGCCUUUUUUGUACAAUUUCUCCUCAAUAGUUUUUUUUUUCUUUCUUCUUUUCCUUUUUCUUCUUCUUCUUCCUCAUUUUCGCUCUAUUUCCAUUUUUAUGUAUUACUAUCGAUUAAUUCUCUUUUAAAGAUCCUUAUCCUGCACUAUUCAUUACUAGUACUACCUCCACCCCCCUAAGUUUGGGACAAGAGAAGGUGGCACGGUUAUUAAUAAAAGUGGGUUUAUGUGGUUGAUAUUGAAUUGAUAAACUAAGAAUAAAGUAGAAAUGAUUUAGAAUCACACAAACUUUACCAAAUAAGGUAUGAGACAAUCUUAGUGGACGGACCAAAAUGGUAAAAUUGAACAAUCAUAGCGGGACGGAGGGAGUAUUAUUUUAUUUCAAUUUUUACUUUACUUUUUAUUUUCUCUUUCUUCUUUGUUUCCUUUUUCAUCAUUUUAAAAGUCAUUGUUUGUUGGGAAAAGGUGCAAAUAGGCCCAUGUACUAACCAAAAAAGGUCAAAUAAGCACUUAUUUAGGAGGCUCUGUCCGGCCGUCGUCAUUUGGGGUGGUUCCCAGUGGAAUUUUUUGAUGAAUUUUUUUGAGCAUUUUAUUCAUCAAGUCUAGUUUACUCAUACCAAAUUUCAGCUAAAACUUCAAUCGGGAAGGCAUUCAAAUGAAUUCUUGAAGAUAAC